AUGACUGGAGAGAGCCAGCAUGUUUACACCAUCGGCGAUACUGAGGCCGGCCCCAAAGAGCCCGACAAGGACUUCGGCUGUGAAGGCUGCGGGGACGAGGAUGGGAGGGCGCAGGGCGGGGAGGGGACAUCGCCCUUCCCCGGCCACAAGGACAAGGAGCCCCACAGCCAGCGGGAAGCCGUGAUCCGGCCGCAGCAAGCGGGGAAGAUCGACUUCAAAUCCCUGCAGUGCAAGCCCAAGUUCGGCAAUGACAGCGCCUGGGGAGAGGUCAAGGGCGGCCCCCUGUCCCCGCCGGGGAAGGGGCGAGCCCGGGAGCGCAGCCGGCGCUCGGGGAAGGGCGAGCGGGGCCAGCAGCAGCUCUACCGGCUCAGCAUCGCCGGCACCCGGCCCAGCCCCACCAUCGGCAUCGCCUACCCCCAGCAGAAGGUGACGCCGCCGAAGAAGCCGGAGGUGGCCCCCGCGGCCGGCAGCCACCGCUUCCACGUGCCCGGCAUCCCCCAGCGCGACGCCGAGCUCCGGCCAGAAGAGCUCGGCUUCGGCCGCUGCUUCCCCGAUGCUGGCCGGACCUCCACCAGUUAUACCUCACAACCCGGCCCCAAGGGGCAGCCCCCCGCCGCCGGCAUCCCCCUCAAGAGCCCCGGCACCCAUGGGCAGCUACAUUAUUUAGAGUUCCAGGCAAACCGGGCCGAGUCCUGGCCUUCCCCGGAGAAGAGCUUUGCCGGUGCUACCUACGGGAUCUCGGUGCAGAAGCCCAGCUCUUUCUCCGAGGGUGGCAAAGCCGCGGUGCACGGCCUGGGGGCUUUGCCGUGCCAGUUUCCCUUCCAGCUGCUGCACGAUGCGGGCAAGGAGCCGUUCCAGGAGUACCUGGAGGUGGGAAUCGCCAGCGCCGCUCCCACCGCCUUCGCCUUCCACUCGUCCCCCAGAGAGUGGCCGGAGGAGCCGCUGAGCGGGGGCUCCUACGAGGCCGUGUCCCCCGAGGGGAGGGGGCUGUACGGGCUGCCCCCGCCGCCUCCGCCCUUCCUGCACCCGCCGCCGCCGCCCGCCCUGCACCACGGCCCCUUGUCCUGCUGCAAGGGCAGGGCCGAGCAUCCCGCCGACCCCCCUGGUGCUCUCCCCUCGUCUGGUGCUAUCGACCAAAACCCAAGCACUUUCCAAGAAAACCAAGCUGUUUUUCCGUCUAGUUUACACUCGCCUACCAUGCCAAAGCCGGUGGGGAAGAGGCAAGCCUCAGCCAAGGACGGCGUCCCCAGCCCGCGGCUGCUGGUGCAGAGCAGCCCCCUGAGAAGGACAGUGCCACCAAAGUCCCUGUCCCAAGUGCACUUUCAGAGCAAGGCCUAUUGCAGCUCCCCCGCGGGCAGCAGCGGCGCGGGAGCCGUGCCUUUCGAGACGAGCGUUCCCACUACGGCACCCACCCACCCCAGGCUUGUGCAAGCUUGGGAAGGUGCCACGAAGGCGUUUUCUCCCAUGGACCAGAAUUCAGCACCUUAUUCAAACCCUGUUGGAAACCAGUUCUCAUUCGAGUGCCAGCCUGGCCCCGAGCAGAGGCAGCACAGGCAGAAAAAUGCCAGGCUGCCUUGGCAGCAGAUGCACCUCCCUUCUGCGGUGCCCGGUGCCAACAGGCUGGAGCUGUCGAGACACAUCACCAGCCAGAAGCUCCCCUUCCCCCUGGGCACGUCGGACUGGCAGGGCAGCGGGAAAGCCCAGAAAGGGCCCCCCAUAAGCAACUCUCCAGGGUAUCACAGCAAAAAGCUGUUACCUGGAGAGAGCCUCCAGAGGGGAGAUCCCGGCGUGACAGGAGCUUUCUCCUUUGAGAGCGGGAAGGAACCAGGGUCUCCUGCCUGCGACUCGAGAAGCAAAGCCCUGUUCUAUAGUAUGGCUCAAGCAGCUCCUCCUCCUCCUCCCUCAAGGAGCUCGUCGGGCUCAGGGCUGGUCCUGCCCCCAUCAGCCUUGGUGGCUGCCUCCCCUGGCGAGUCCCCACUGCCGUCCCCCGUCCCCAACCCCACGUGUGGCAGCAGCUGCUCGUCGCUGUCCCCCAUGUCCAGCAGCCCACUCAACCCCGGCUUUGAGGACAGCCAGAUGUCCGGAGCGCUGACCCCCUCGCCCUUCUUCCAGCACCCCUGCCAUGCCAAGGAUGCCAACAAAGCCUUCCACCCCUCCGAGGUUCUGAGUCCCAGCCCCCUUCAUUACCACCCUCCGGACUCUGUCAAGUCCUUCAGCUUCCCCCCGGAUGCUCUGAAAGACGACAGCCUCCUGAAAUGUGCCCCGGCCAGCCCGUUCCACAAACCCAGCGGGGAGGUGGCCAAAGGCUGCUCGGAUGGGCUGGACGGGGAGCAGCCUCCACCACCGUACUCCUCCCAUCACCUGCUGGCCACUUCCCUGAGCAGCGCCAGCCUGGACCAGCUGGACGUGCUGCUGACCUGCAGACAAUGUGACCAGAACUACAGCAACCUGUCCUCCUUCCUGCAGCACCGCCAGUUCUGCGCCUCCCACCCCGCGGCCCAGGCAGAGCCCAAGGACGCUCCCCGGGCAGCCGAGGGGCGGAAGGUGCUCCCGCCGGAGCCCCCCAAAGCCCCCAGCCUGGCGCUCUCUCCAGACCCCCCGGGACAUCUGCUGGCAUUAAGCAAGAGCGACGACUUCUUGCUGGACGGGGAAGGCAAAAGCGAGGGCAAGGAGGAUGCUCUGAAGGGCGGCCUCUUCCACGGCCUGGCCACCAGCUCCCUCCCGCUCAGCGCCUCUGACCUGGACAUCGACGAUGCCAAGCUGGACAGCCUGAUCACCGAGGCCCUCAACGGCCUGGGAUACCAGUCGGAUAACCCAGAGAUCGACAGCAGCUUCAUCGAUGUGUUCGCUGAUGAGGAGCUGCCGGGAGUGAAGGCGGCUGGCGGGGGGACGGCUCACAAGGCCAAGGAGAGCCUGGCCCCGGAGAGUAAAUCCAAGCAGGCAGCAGAGGGGAAGGCAGCAGGAGAGGCCAAGGCUGGCUGUUUUGGUGAAGAUGGCAGCCCAGGUGGGGAGCAGGUGAAGAGGAGGGCAGGAAAGCAGCACCUCCACAAAGGGAGGGUGGCACGGAGGGUGGCACCGCAGGAGCCGGAUCCCGCAGCAGAGGGAGCGGAGAGGACAGCCAGGCUGAGGGCAGGCAGGAAGAACAGCGUCCCACCAGCCACCACCUCCAGCCAAAAGCAUCCCAGGAGGCUCAGCCAAGACCCUCUGAUGAAGAGCGAGGUGGGGCCAGGCAUCACCAGCAAGAGCUCCAAGCCACCGCGGUUCUCCACGAAGGACGCGAAGAAGCGGAAGCCCCGAAGCGGGACGUGGAGCAAGGAGCUCAUCCACAAGAUCGUGCAGCAGAAGAACAAACUCCACAAACUGCAGGUGAAGAGCAGCAAGCAGGCCCAGCUCCCCCAGGCCACCGAGAGGCUGCUGGCAGGCACCAAGGACGGCGGGCUGCGGGAAUACGACUACGUGUCCGACUCGGACGAGGAGGGGACAGAGUGCAGCAAGCCCCGGGGCAGGAGGAAGCGUGGCACGGGGUUCAUGGGGAGGAACAAGUACAGCUUCAGCAAGAAACGCCUGGGCAGAGGUGAGAGAGCCAGAGAGAAAGACCCAGCCUGGAGCUACAGCCGGAAAAGGGACAGUCAGAAAAGGGAGGCACAGGAGGACGGGGAUGUCCCAAAUCAGGAGGAUGCUGAGAAAGAGGAUUGUGCUGCCAGAGCCCGAAGGCGGAGCAGCCACCCAUCUGCUGGCAGCAACCACAGCAUGCCCAGAGAGAUGGGCAGGAGCUCGCCCUGCGCUGCUGGGGUUGGUGACAAGGGUGGCACCCAGAGGAGGAGGCGCUCGGGCAGCCCAGCCCAUGUGCCAAGGACUCCCCUGAGCCCUCCCCAGGACAGCAGCCCAAAGACGAGCCAGGAGAGCAAAGAGGACAUUCCCAGGGGGAGCAGGAGGUUUGGCUCAGCCAAACCUUUGCUGGCAGGCUCCGGGACACGGCCGAGUACUGAACCAGAUGUUGCUGCCAUGGGCUGUGCACAGGAGGAGCCGUCACUGCAGCCCCAGGAAAGGCAAAUGCCCAGCACGGCCACCCCAGGCAGGAGCCCUGCCAGCUUCUCCUCUAAGGAGGGGCUGGAUGAGCCCAGAGGAGCAGCAAAGCUCCCAGCUGAGGCAGGAGAGCCCACCCUGCCGGCUCAGGGCUCUCCUGAGCUCACCAUGGACCACCAGAGGCACCAGUUUUCCCCUUUCCCAAAUGAAGGGCUGAAAUACCACACAGAGGAGGUGAUUGCCCCACACCCCAGCGGUAACAAAUUGAGUCCUGGCCGUGGGAAUGCCACCUGCUCAGAAGCAGGAAUCAAAUACGUGAAGGGACAGGGGCUCUGUGACGGUCAGAAGGAUUAUCCCACACCAGCUCCCACCUACGGGGGGGAUGCAGUGGGAAUGAUGCUUGCUGCCAAGGCACCUGAUCCAUAUGUCAGCAGUGACAAUGCAUUUUUUGAUCCCAAAGGCCUUCCCAGUCACUACGAGGACAAUCUCUUCCCAAAGCCCCCAGCCCUGGGCUCCUCCCACAUGGACGACAUGUACCUGUGCCGAGAUGACAUCAGCACCAGCUCCUUCGAGCAGAAACCCUCCAGCAUCUCCCCUUUUGCCACGGAAAUGCCGCAGGGCAAAGCGUCCUCCCCUCUCAGCUUUGACUCCUCGUCGAUAUUUGGAGAGCUCCCCGUCUCCGAGUUCGAUCCGUACGAGAGCAAGGAUGGAUACGGGACAACGUUCCCGUGUCCCGGGAACGCCUCCCGCAAGCCGCUGCCGUUCGAGCAACCGUACCCACCCUUCCUGCCGGAGAAAGACUGGUCUCUCAUGGAGGAGGUGGCUCCCAUGCUGCCAGAAGACAUGACUCAGUUCCACAGCCUCUCCGUGGAGAAGCCACCAGCCAAGAAAUUCCCCGAGGAGGGAGCUGUCCCCAGCAGCCAGCUCUCCCUGCCGCUGCCAGACAGGAUGGCGGAUUACAACGUGACUUUCAUGAGCAACAUCUCAGAUGACGAGCUGGAGAUCAAGCGCCUGGUCACGGAGCUGGAAAGCCAACUGCAAACCAGCAAGUUGGACUCUGAGGUGUCCGUCAGCCUCCAGAAACCCGAGCCAAACGUGGCUGUCCACCUGCGAGCGCAGGGCGCCGAGCGGUUCCCAGUGCUGCCGGCAGAGCCAGAGGCAGGUCAGGAGAAAGGGCUGUUUUUGGCAGGUGAGCUGGGCAGAUCGAGCCUCUGUGCUGGGGAGAGGCUGGCAGGGGAGAAGCCAGACAUGGUGACCGCCCCUGAGGACUACGAGAGACCCAGGGAGGCCUGGCUGGAGCUGGGCUCGCUGGAAACCGGGAUGUGCGUCCCAGCCCCGCUGGCCACAGAUCAUUUCUGCUCCAAAGACAAGAGCGAGCAGCUCCAGUCUGAUGCGGCCACUGAGGAAAGAGACCUCAGGAAGAUGGAAAAUGGGUCUUCUUCCAACAGUUUACCUGGCUUAAGCACAACUGACCAAACAGAGGUUCCCAUCUACACCGACCCUGUGGCUAAAAGCCCUCCUGUUGUCACCGACUCCGUGUUCCCCGAGACCAUGGAUGUGACAGAAAUAACCAAAGAUCCCCUGCCAUCCCUGCCAUGCCAGUGCGGUGCCAAGGGCUUCCCUGUGCCGGGGAAAGCAGACGCUGAUGCUGCAGAGCUGGAGAAGUUUGAUGCCCAUCUUCCAAACCCUAAGCCUCCAUUUGGCUUCCAGCAGGGUCCCACCCCAGCCUUGGAUCUCGCCUUUUCACCUCAUGUCAAAGAGGUCCCAGAUACAGAAGAAAAACCCUUAAGCAGGACUGAGCCCCCCAAAACAGUGAAAAAUGCUGUGGAUCUCAAAGGGGGUGGCGGUGGGCCUCCAGUGGAGGAAAGGGAGGAGAGGAAGAGUCCCAACACCUAUCAAAGCCCUGGACCCGGUGACAAAGCCAGCAAGCCCAAAGUGCUGCUGUUUGAGAUGCUGAGCGUGCCCAAGGAGAGCGACCGCCCUUCCCAGGAGAUGACGGUGGCAUCCCAAGAGACCUCUGCCAACCCUCUGCAGCAGCUCCAGCUCUUCGUUGCCCGGACAGUGAAGAACAACGAGGAGGAGCUGUUGAUGCCGUGCUUCCCCGGGCUGCUGGCUCCCAGCCACCCCUCUGCCACCACCCACGUCCACACGGAGCACAAGGAGCAGAGCGGUGAUGCCUUGGAAGGGGAAGAUCAGACCCAAGGGGAAGGGGAUAUCCCCAUUGGAAGCAGCACUGGAAGUAUCGCUGCUCCAGGGAAAGAGGCGCUUUCUCCCGGUGGAUGCGAGCAGCUGGAGUCACUGGAUGCAGAGGGCUCUUACCGUGCUAAACAAUCCACAUCGGCAAAGCCAGAGCUGCAAAAUAAUGUAACAGAGCCGCAGCACUUAGCAAAUGAAGCCCCGGAGCCGAGGGACAUUAAUAUCCCUGCAGAUGGUGCUUCCCAGGAGCGUGAUGACCUCUCACCACCCAGCAGCACCGCGGUGACCUCGCUGCCAGGGCAGGGAAGGAAAGCUGAUCAGCUCAGGGAAGAGCAGGAGGGAGAUAACACAACGGCCUUGGCAUUUAGGAAACAUGAGCAAUCCCAGCCCAGCCGUGGUUCACUCGAGGAAGAAACGCUGGGCAGAGAAGAGGGAGAGAGGCUGGAAAGGAGUCGGGUGGGGAAGGGGGCGCAGCACCCGGGCAGUGCUCCCACAAGUCCUGUCAGCCCCCUUGGUCCCUCUGAGGGGGAUCUCCACCAGGAUCCCAGCUUGGGGACAGAGCUGAAAGCCACCACAGACAGUGCAGAUGUUCCCAGAGAAGGGAACGGCAAGCUGUCCCUCAAUGGCUGUCAUUACAUGGGCGAAUCUCCAGCCAGCCUGCUCUUGCCAGCCAAAUAUCCCGACCUCAAAUGCUUGCAGAGCAGUGGUGCUGAGGGGGGAGAUGUCCCCAGCUUUGGCACUCAGCUCUCGGAUGAGAAGAAUGCCUUGGAGAUGGGUGGUCCCCAAGAACCGCCAGGGGAGGACUGUUCUCUUCCCUGCUCGCCGCCUUUCCACCACAAGGGUGUUGGGAAAGUGGUCCCCGAAAACGCUGGUGCUGUGCUGCCAAAUUUUAAAGGAAACCAAGGAUGUGCCAUCGCAGACACAGUCGUUAACUCCACCCCUCCAGAAACCCAGGAUUAUCCAACCCAGCCCACAGCGGAUCUUCUGCCCGUGGAAGAAAGGGAGGUCAACCUGAACCAAGAGAACAAGCUUGAAAACUGCUCCCAUGUCAGGAAUAAGCAUCAAAGUGAACCAGAGGCUUUGUCCAAUGGUUUUGCUGUUCAGGACAUGACAGCUGCCAUCAGCAGAGGUCUUACAAGGGCUGGAGAUCUUGGUCCUGCUGAACUAAAUGGCCAUGAGUUUUCAGGGGCAGCAGAGGUGAGACUUGGUCUUUCCAAAACCACAGAGAGUGAAGGAAAGGGUUUAAAAGGGGAGAAAUCCAAUAGCCAUGGGACUGCAGAAGCUGGGGGUUGUGUGUUAAACAGCGUGGGCCAAGGAGAGGACUACACACCCAGCAGCACUCCAGAGCCAUCCCAGAAUGAACUCUGCAAAGGAAAAAAGCCCAACGGGCUCCCGGUGACCUGUGACAUUUGUUCAGCCACUUUCCGGUCCAAGCCCGGCCUGACCAGGCACAAAGCUGUCAAGCACCAGGUGAAGAAUGGUGGUUUGCCACAGCCCAGCAAGACUCUCAGGUCCCCUCUGAUUCCUGCACACAAGACAUCAAAAGCAUCCCAGAAGGUGCCCAGGAGGAGCCUGAAGGCAUCAGUCAAAGACAAAACCUGCAGCUCACAGGUGCCCACCUCCGUUGCUGAACACGUUCCCAAGAAAGCAUUCCCAGAGCUGGAGAAAGAGCCCAGCACACCGAUGCAGGAGGUGGUCAGCAGAGUGCUCAGCGACCUCAGCGUGAUCUCCUUGGAGAUGUCCCAGGAGCUGCACCGCACCCGCAUCCUGCAGAGGGAGGUGAAGGCCAAGGGACCGCGCCCGGAGAUGAGGGGAUCGGGAGAGGCAGCAUCUGGGAAGCUGGAUUCGGGAUGGCAGGUCAGGAAAGGAGAAAAAGGCAGAAGGAGACAAAGCAAAGAUCUUGGAGAGGAGAGCAGCAAUUCUGAGAAGCAGCUCAACAGGAAAGUGAGGCGAAGGAAAGCGAAGGUGUUUCCCAGUGGGAAUGAGCCCGAUGGUCCCUGUGAGCUGGGGAAGAACACAGGUCCUGCUGCCCUCAGCUCCAGCCUGCCCGGGAUCAUGGAGGGCUUGCACGAGCCGGAUGGUUGCAUCUCCACAGAGGAACAAAACAGGACCAGCACAGCCCAGCAGUCCCAGAAAGCCAACGAGUCCUCCUGUGCAGCUGAGCUUGCAGAAGACCUGGGCAGCAGGAUGGGGUGUCUAAAGGAGAUGGUCAGCACGGAGAUGGGCACGGUCACCUGUCCUGGGGAGGUGGAAGAUCCAGAUGCGGUGGAAGAUGCGCAGGCUUGCAAAAAAUGGAUUAGCGGGUUUGUGGAGCCAGUGACAAAGAGAUGGGGCAAGGUGGGCACAGAGCAGCAUUGCGAUGCUGAUGGCACAGAGGACGUGAAUGCUGGGACAGGGGACAGUCCUGCAGCAGACAAUGACACCAGGAGCUGGAGUGGUGCCCUGCAGGGUCCCACAGCUCCUGCCGAAGGGGCGUUGCUGCUGGAGAACCGUGACUUGGGAGCCACCCAAAGCGUUUCUGGGCAUGGUGCUCUGCAGACCACGCCGGGGACCAGCCCCUCUCGUGCAGAGCCAAAGCGGUGGGUGAAGGCAGAUGUGCCACCAGGCAGGGAGCACUGUGGGGACAGCACGGCCCCCUCAGACCUCCAGAGCUUUUUCGACGAUGAUUCCACAUUCUCCCAGCUGUUCCCCAGGGAUGACCAGUUUGUCCGGAGGAAGUGCACGCGGGUGUAUGGCAAGCGCAGCAAGAAACCCAAACCUGUCCCCGAGGUCAGCCUGCAGCCAGCGGGGGCCAUCGACCUCUUCACCAUCCGCCUGGCUUCUGACCUCAGCGACACCAGCUCCUUCUGUGUCACCAGGCAGGACCCUUGCGAGUACGAGACCAUCUCCGUUGACGAUGCCCUGAUGCUGAACAUGUGCCAAGGCAGCAAGGCAAAGAGCGGAGAUGCUGCUCCAAACGGAUCUAACAGCAUCGAGCUGAGGCUGGACCAGGAGGAGACCGACCAAGGGAAGGAGGACAUUGACCUGGAGGACAACAUGCUGACCUUCUUGUGCCAAAACAGCCACGCGGACAAUGUCCCCAGCUUGAGCAUCUGGGGCAGUCUGGAGAAGGAGGGGGAAAGCCUCUCUGCCGAGGACAUGUUUGAGCCUCUGAUGGACCUUGAGGAUGAGCACUCGCUCCAAGUAGUAAACUCCGAGCCCCCCAACCUGGCAGAGGAGUCCUACAAUGCCAAGGAUAAUGGGGAUUCGGACUCCCCCGAAUUUCACACCCUCGACGUUGAGAUGCUUAACACAAAGCUGAAAAUGAGAGACAUGUGCUUCCUCAGCCCUUGCAAGGAUCUUCCUGGCCAUGGUGAGGACAGCGCUGUGAGUUUGAAGCCAAAGUCAGGCAAGCACAGGAGCAGGCUGGAAGAUGGGAAAUUGGGGAAAAACCGCGGGGAGAUAACCAUCAAAACCAAAGACAAGCAGUACAAAUGCAAAGUCUGCUUCCAGUGGUUCCUGACACUGGGGGAGCUGGACUUCCACAAGCUGUCCCACAACCCUUCCCCUCCUCCUACCUGCUACAUGUGUGUCCAGCGCAAAUUCAGCUCCCGGGAGCAGCUCCGGGACCACCUGAAGGAGAAGCACGCCAGGAACAAAGCUGGGCUGUGGGCAUGCGGGAUGUGCCUGAAGGAGAUCUCCGACGUCUGGAUGUACAACGAGCACCUGCGGGAACACGCCACCCAGUUCGCGCGCAAGGGGCAGGCGCAGAAGUCGGUGAUGGGCCUGCCCGGCUGCUUCGGUGAGGACAAUGCCGCUGUCACCCACUUCCUCAACACCAUCAUGUAUCGGAAACCCAGCAGGUCCUCCCGGCACGGCGACCCCGGCGGCCGGCAUGGGGUCAGCAGAGAGAGCAGGAGCCCCAAGGAGUUGCCCCUUGAGCAGGAGAAGGUGAUGAAAGACCCCUUGGAGAGCAAUGUCAAAGUGAAGCCACCUGCAACCAGCUCCUCCAAAGCAUCCUCCAGCCCAUCUCCAGAGCACACUGCAAAAAGUGAAAGCACCCCAAAAUCUGUCCCCAUGCACCCAGACUGCAAGGAUCCUUCCCGGGACUGCCAUCACUGUGGCAAGCAGUUCCCCAAACCCUUCAAGCUCCAGCGGCACUUGGUCGUGCACAGCUUGCAGAAGAUCUACUUGUGCCACAAGUGCCCCAUGUUCUACCAGGAGACCAAAGAGCUGCGGAGCCACCUGAGCCAGGAGCACGGCGUGGUGGAGGAGCAGGAGAUCAAGCACACCACCCUGUACGCCUGCGAGCUCUGCGCCGACGUCAUGCACGUCAUCAAGAAGUCCUUCAUCUGCAGCAUGUGCAACUACACCUUCUCCAAGAAGGAGCAGUACGACCGGCACAUGGAGAAGCACCUGGCGGGCAGCAACAAGACUUUCAAAUUCCGAGGGGUCAUGAGGCCUGGCGCUGCCUGCAGGGAGAAGGUGAAGGAGGGCGGAUCUCUCCGGGAGGGAAUGCCACCGAGCAAGAAGCGGAAGGUGGCUCACCAUGGCAGCUCAGUCCCACACAGGUCACCAGUCCACCUGGACCCCACAAGUGACCUUCAGCUAGUAGAAGCCAGAAGCCCCAGCCUGCAGGUUCCCACUGAGUCCUUCCCAACAGCACCUGGUGACCUGGGAGCACCCCAACCCUCCAUGAAAGCAGAAGUGCUGGUGGGUGACUUCUCAGAGCUCCUGGCAGAGAUAGAGAAGUCCCCAUUUGACCCCUUGCCACCACCACCCUGCCUGUCCCCAUCUCUGCCAGCGGCUGCUGCGGGCAGCCCUGAGCUCGGCCACAUCGCUGGCCUGUCCAUCGAGGAGCUGGAGAAAGGAGCCUUUGAUGGGAAACCACUUCCUUUCUUGGACUCGCCCGAGUUUCCCAUGGACCUUGCUGGCUUGGCUUGUCACCAGGCCACCAACCAAAAACUGUCCCCUCCCCUCCUGACCCAGAAACAUGGCUGUGCCGAUGGCCACAAAAAAACAAGCGCAGACAACAAAGAUGAAUACAGGGCCUGUAUCCUGGGAAAUCCCAGCGCAGACACCAACGCCGUGGAUGGGAUCCCUUUUCUCCAGCUUGCCAAGAAGGUCUCAGAGCUUCCUUCCCCUAAGGCAGAGUCUCCACAAACCACAGAGACCCACAGCUGGGGCAACCCCGGUGCCAGCGAUGCCUGGGAAGGUGCAGCCAAGCCUGUGUCUCCAGAAGGUCCCCAGCAGCCCCUGCCCCCAAAGGACAGGACAGCAUCACCCACACUCAGCAGAGCUUCCAAGGAUUCGGUGCCACCAAAGAAGACCGUGGGCAGUGAGGCUGCUCCCGGUGCAGGCAGGCCUGGCAGCAGCACCGAGGAGGGUCAGCAGCCCAUCUCAGGGAAGGAGAAAUCUGUGCCUGAGGCUAAGGACAGCAGCACCAACGCCAAGGACCAAGGCAGCAACCCAGGCAAAUCCAGCGGCCACCAGCCCAGAGGUGAGGUGGCCAGCAACACCACGAGACACGGCCAUGUGGAGCCAGCCAGAGCCACCGGCAAGCUUCACCCCAAGAGGAGGAAAGAACACAAAUCCUUGGGCCACCGGAGCAGCUCCGGCUCCCGGGAGAACAUGGAAGGAGACGGGAAGAAGAAGAAAGCCCGGCCUCCUUGCCCGGCGAGGAGCGAGAGCAGCGCUGAGCUCAAACGUGGCAGCUGGAGCAGCGCCGAGGCUCCCGCCCUGUCCCCCGGCAGGAGGGACACGCACUGCAGCAAGCUGGGGCCCAAGCCCAGAACGGGCCCCCAGCUGAAGAAGAUGGUCCUGGACCCUUACAACCAGAAGAAAGGGGAGCUCCGCCACGCCAACGGGGACGUGAAGCGCAGGAAAGCCAUUCUGGGAAAGAGCCUCCACCAAGUGUUGGCCAAGGGGCCAGCGCCGUCCCCACGUGGCUCCUGGCACGGUCCCCGCGCCGCCCGCGCGGCCAAGGCGGCCGGCCCGGCCAGCUACCGCAGUGCCGAGUCCCAGAACAACCUGCUCAGCCAACUCUUUGGGCAAAAAUUAACCAGCUUUAAAAUUCCUUUAAGAAGAGAUACUUCAGAAUAAUUUAUGGAAGUGACUUAUGGUGAUCCUCAGCUGCUUUCAUGGGGUUUGCAAGGGAAAAAUUAUCAAAGCAUUAAAUUCGUUUGUGUAGCAUGAUUUCUCUGUCUAGCUUAAAUGAACUUGCACUGCAGCCUCUGUGAAAUAGUUUGCUUUGUGUCUACUAAUCUACUUUAAUUCACCUGAUUUAUCAUGCAAAUGCUAGAACUUUGAUGUUGCUGAUGAUUUUCAUGAACUGAAAUUGUAAUCGCUUUGGGCAGACUGAAUCGUCGAGAGCAAUUGCUUUAUUGCAGAAGUGCUGAGGUUAUAAGGAUACUUGCAAAUCUCAGACCCUUUUGAGUCUGUGUCUGUGUUAUCUUUGUACAAAGUACUUGAAGAGAUGAACUUCAUUCCGUAGACGUCUUAUUCAUAAGGUGCAGUACACUGUAGAAAGCAAAUUUUUUUUUUUUUUUUUUUUUUUUUGUUGAAGAUUUUGCACAAAUAAUCCCGUACAAUUCAUUUAAUUGGGAGCUGGCCUAAGCGAUGAUACAAUUUAAAAAAUUAAAUUAAGACCCAAGUGUCCUAUAUUUUGACAGCCAUCCCUAAGAAUUUUGUUUCUACAUCGUCAAGAGAAGAACGACCCAGCUCUGGGGUUCUGGGGCUGUCGGAGCCCUCCAGAGGAUGCUGCCACUCUUUGACCACUGUAGACGAUGGGACUGGAGGAGAAGCGUCCCCGCGAGCAAACUGCACCUUGACACUUGUGACAAACUCUGAUUUUUUUAGGGUUUUUGGGGUUUUUUUUUUCCUCUGUGUGUGUGUGUGUGUGCGUGCGUGGGGUUUUUUUUCUUUUUGUUUGUGGGGUUUGGGUUUUGGGGUUUUUUUUUUGUGCAACGAGAAAACUGUGCCAAUUUACCGCAGCGAAAACCGGUACUGUCCAAGUGCCCUCAACGGUAUCACUCCUAAACUCUCUUACUGUACUGAGGUAGUGGCUCUAUAGGUAUCCGCUUGUACUAUGCAGUUACUGGUGCUAUUCUUCAUUUGUAAUGUGAAUACAGACUUCCUUGAUUGCCAAAAAAAAAACAAACAAAAGGAGAAUUGGUAGGAAGAAGCCGUUACCUGUCAAAAAAAAAACGGAGCAGGAAAAGAGAAUUUAAAAAAAAAAAAAGCCAAUUUGAGGGGAAAAACGUUUAGCUUUAGGGAGAAAAAUUAACUUUAGGGAAGAAAUCUAACUUGGGGAGAAAACACAAUUUAGGGGGGAAAUACAGCUUUAGGAAAAAAAAAAAACUUUAGGGAAAAAAAUACAAUUUUAGGGGAAAAACUCCUCUAUGCUGGUACUCCAUAGUGUCGAAAAGGUUACGUCACAUUAAACGAGCACGUUCUACAACCAAACUUUUGGAUCCAGAAAGAAAUCUCAGGUGCAAAUGAGGACAUGGAAAGAUUUUAUUGAAAUACUCCCAAGUCAAGGAGGUGAAGUAAUGCACUGAUGUGAUAUGAACAGUCAGAGUACUUUGCGUCUGUCCUGCAAUGAUUUUUUGUUUUGUUUUGUUUUAGAGUUAAAAGGAAAAAAAAAAAAAAAAAAGAGGCUUUAUUCUGUUAAUAUGUAUCUUUACAAUUCUUUGUAUUGUAUAAAAAACUAUUGUAGGUAAUUUACCUUGGGUGCAAUGUGUUCUGUCAAAAGUUUUUAUUUUGAUAUUUUGUCCAGAGAAGCAGAGAGAGAGCAGAAAACGCCGUUUUAUGAUGUUGUCCAUGUGCUUUUAAAGUGCCUCUUUAAUAUUGUUAAAUAAAGUAUGAGAUAAAAAUAUGGGGUGGUACUUUAAGGUCAUCCAUGAUUAAUCUUUUCAAAUAUAUUCCAAUAUUUUCACAGAAAAUCCCUGUCUGCGUGAUGUUUGUGGGAUGUUUGAGGUGUCCUCUGUAAAGGGGCUGAGGAGGAGCUUGGUGCCACUGCUGUCACCUCAAGGGUUUGCAAAGUGUUGGAGCUUCUCUACAGUGAAGGUGCUCCUGCAGCUCCUCUUCCUCACAGGUCUUGUCCGAGUGCUGCUCAUGGCAGGACAGACUUGUCCAUGAGGGGAGAAACCCAAGGUGAUGGUGAUGGUGAUGGUGGUGAUGGUGAUAGUGGUGAUGGUG